AACUGUGGCUUACAAUAGCAUUGAAUUGUAAGGGAAGUGACAAAUGUUUGUAAUAUAUGUUAUGAAUGUUUCAAAUUAGUGUAUUAUAUGAGUAAUUCCCGGUCACUCAUUCACGUGGACAAUGUCUGGACCACCGCCGCCGGCAGCACUUUCAGGACAACCACAGGUCAACACGUCAUCGAUUUUUCCAUUACCUCCGAUGCGCUAUAUAAACCUGUUUACUGAUGACAACGUUGCGACCAAAUCAUGUCCGCAGCCGCCAAAGCCAGUGACAGAGGGCCAGUACUCAAUGUUUGGUCAGACUAUUGCAAUGGACGACCAAAUUAUCCGAUCGCUUGAGUCACAGGGACUCAAACGAUUGUAUCCAAGAGAUUAUGACCACAGACGUGAACUGAAGAAAAUGAAUGCAUCCAUUUUAGUUAAUUUCUUGGAUCUGUUAGAUGUUUUGGUUCGCUGUCCAGAAACCGAAAAACGUGAGAUUAAAACCAAUGACAUUCAGCUAUUGUUUAUAACAAUGCAUCACUUGAUCAAUGAGUUGCGUCCACAUCAGGCACGGGAAUCAAUUCGGGUGAUGAUUCAGUCACAGAAACGACAGCGCUUUGAAACAUCCGCCAGACUUAGCAAACAAAUCGAUAGAGUCAUCGAUUUGGUCAACACUGCCAUCAACUCCAUAGCCGAUGACACUAUCAAUGAGACCUUAGAUCUCAAGCCAGACAUUAAUCGCAACACAUUAGUGACCAAAUGUAACGAUUUAGACAAUUCAAUGGGUGAUAGUAUUGGUUCAGAAGUGGAUAAUACCUAUGAAAAGGACGCACUUAUGUGUGAUUUUGUUGAAGAAUUAGCGUUUAGUUAAUAUAUUAAUAAUAAUAAUUCGUAUCAUUAUAUUAUAUA